GAUAAAACCCAGCAUGUGUAAGGGGACGGGGGCAUUGUGAGACAUGGAGAGCAUACGGCCUGCCGCUCCACUUUGGAGCAUCAUCCUGCUUCUUGCCUUCUGCCAAACUACUCUGCAAGGAGGAGUACCUGCUGGAGGAUUACCUGGGGGUCAGUAUUUACCAGGUGGAGGUGCAGGGGCAUAUCCUGGAGGAGCUGGUUUAGGAGCUGGAGGUGUAGGACCUGGUGGUGUAGGAGGAGCAGGGUUAUAUCCCGGAGGAAAACCCCCCAAGCCAGGUGUUGGUGGUCUUGGUGCUGGUGGCUAUGGACCUGGUGGAAUAGGAGCUGGGGGUCAAGGAGGUACUGGAGCUGGUGGAUAUGGAGCUGGUGGAUAUGGAGCUGGAGCUGGUGGAGUAGGAGCUGGUGGAUAUGGAGCUGGUGGAUAUGGAGCUGGUGGAGCAGGAGCUGGUGGAUAUGGAGCUGGUGGAUAUGGAGCUGGUGGAUUAGGUGCUGGAGGCAAACCACCAAAACCAGGUUAUGGACAAGGAGUUGGAACUGGUGCUGGAGGUCUUGGUGGAGUUGGCGGUGUUGGUGGAGUUGGUGGAGUUGGUGGCAUUGGUGCUGGGCUGCUACCAGGCGGUGUCCAACCAGGUGCUGGUGCUAAACCAGGAAAAGGACCAGGUGCAGGGAUCCCUGGCUUGUACCCCGGGGGAGUGGUACAAGGAGGUGCAGGGGGAGUGCCUGGUGCAUAUCCAGGUGGUGUAAUCCCAGGUGUUGGAGGUGCCGGAGUCAUUCCUGGUGUUACUACAGGAGCUGUAGUACCUCAAACAGGACUCCAACCUGGUGCUGGAGGAAAACCAGGAAAACUUCCAGGUGCUGGGAUUCCUGGUGCCUUCCCAGGAGGAGUGCUGCCCGGAUCAGGUGUACGAUACCCAGGAGUUGGUGUUCUCCCUGGAGUGGCCACUGGGAAUGGAGUCAAGCAGAAACCACAAGGUGCUGGUGGUGCUUUAGGUGGAAUCCCAGGCUUUGGUGGAUUUGGUGGACAGCAGCCUGGUGUACCUUUAGGAUAUCCUAUUAAAGCCCCUAAACUACCAGGUGGAUAUGGUCUUCCUUACACAUCAGGAGGACCUGGAGGUUAUGGCGGACCUGGUGGUGUUGGAGCUGGUGGCAAGGCUGGAUACCCUACAGGAACUGGAGUUGGGGCUCAAGCCGCAGCUGCUAAAGCCGCUGCUAAAGCAGGAAGAUACGGAGGAGCUGGAGCUGGAGGGGUACCUGGGGGUGUACCUGGAGCUGUUCCUGGCGUUGUACCUGGUCUUUAUCCUGGAGCUGGUGGUGUUUUGCCAGGAGGUGGAGUAGUGCCAGGAGCAGGAAUACCCCAACUGGGAGUUCAGCCUGGUGGCAAACCUCCAAAAUAUGGUGUGCCUGGAGUUGGUGGUAUACCUGGAGUAGGAGGAGUGCCAGGAGUUGGUGGUGUCCCAGGAGUUGGUGGUGUUCCUGGAGUGGGUGGUGUUCCUGGAGCGGGUGUUGGUGGUCUGGGUGCUAAACCACCUAAGACUGGAGCUGGCUAUGGAGCUGGAGGUCUUCCUGGAGGAGUUGGAGUCGGUGGUGUCCCUGGAGGUGUUGGAUAUGGACAAGGUGGACUACCAUACGGAGCGGGUGGAGUUGGUGCCGGUGGACUGCCAGCUGGAGCAGGUGUAGGCGGUUUAGGUGCCAAGCCCCCUAAGACUGGAGGCGCUUACGGAGUUGGAGGUCUUGGUGGUGGAGCUGGGGUUGGACCUGGUGGUUAUCCAGCAGGAGUUGGAGCUGGCGGUGUACCAGGAGGAAUUGGUGUUGGUGCAGGAGGAGUGCCAGGGGCAGGUCUUUAUCCAGGAGCAGGAGGCAAACCUCCCAAACCAGGUUACGGAACUGGAGCUGGAGUACUACCUGGUGGUGGAGUAGGACCUGGUGGUGGACUGGUACCUGGAGCUGGAAUUGGAGGUGGAUUAGUUCCUGGUGGUGGACCUGGAGGCAUUGGAGCUGGAGGUGUAGGUGCAGGAGGAAAACCCCCCAAACCAGGUUAUGGAGCUGGUGCUGGACUUGGUGGUCUUGGAACUGGUGCUGGUGCUGGUGGACUAGGUGUUGGUGGGGGACUUGGAACUGGUGCUGGUGGUCUAGGCACUGGAGCUGGAGGUGUUCCGGGAGCUGGAGUUGGUGCUGGAGGCAAACCACCUAAACCUGGUUAUGGAGCUAACCUAGGAGGAGGAGGAGGAGGCUUUGGACCUGGAGGUGGUUAUGGGCCUGGAGGUGGUUAUGGACCUGGUGCUGGAGUUGGGCCUGGUGCUGGAGUUGGGCCUGGAGGCAUUGGAGGUGGAGGUCUUUACCCAGGAGCUGGAGGCAAACCACCCAAGCCAGGUUAUGGUGGUGGCCUCGUAUCUGGAGGAGCAGGUGGAACUGGUUAUGGUCCUGGUGCUGGAGCUGGCUAUGGUCCUGGAGCUGGCUAUGGACCUGGUGCUGGAGCUGGCUAUGGACCUGGUGCUGGAGCUGGUUAUGGUCCUGGUGCUGGAGCUGGCUAUGGACCUGGUGCUGGAGCUGGUUAUGGUCCUGGUGCUGGAGCUGGCUAUGGACCUGGUGCUGGAGCUGGUUAUGGUCCUGGUGCUGGAGCUGGUUAUGGUCCUGGUGCUGGAGCUGGCUAUGGUCCUGGAGGUAUAGGAGCUGGAGGCCAAUACGGAGGAGCUGGAGGCAAACCACCUAAGCCAGGCUAUGGAGCUGGAGCCAGUUUAGGACAAGGAGGAUUAGGAGGAGCCGGCUUUGGAGGAGGAGCAGGAGCAGGAGCCGGAGCCGGAGGAUACCCAUUAGGAGCUCAAAAGCCAGCUAAAUCCUACUAUCGAGGUGCCGGACUGUGCGGCCAAGGGAAAUACUGUGGCAGGCGGAGAAAAUAAACAGUCGGAGAGCUACGAUUAACCUCAUCAACUAUGGUGCUACUGCAUGGUGUGAAUGUAAAAGGAUUCAAGUAUCCCCCUCUGCCCUCCUUUCCCUCAGUUACCUCCCCAUUCCCCCUUUCUCCUGCCUUUUAGACGUUCAUCUUUAAGUCCCUUAGUCAGGCAGCUACACUUUAUAAGAUGAGCCUGCAGUCUGACAUUAAUACACUGGCAGACGCAUAUACACACACUGAUGCUGUAUGGAUACGUUUAGACUGUGUAUAUGUGUACAUGCCAAUAGAGAACAUAGUCUAUGCCUAUGAAUGCACAUAAAGAAACCUACAGAGCUGUGCAGACCUGCAUACAGUACACUCAGACAUUCACAAGUAUGGAAAUACAUGCACUAGAUAUAUAUAGAUAUAUAAAUGUAAAAUACACCAACAUACACAUCGUCUAUAGUCAGGAGCUGGUUGGCAUUUAUCUGGGCCACCAAGAGAAACCAACUGUCCACUAUAUAGUUUGGUGCGAAAAAUCUUUUUCUUUGACCGUAUAGGGCCUCAUGUCCAGAAUCUCAAGCAGCAGGUCAGGUCACCAAUCUCUUUGUCCUAUCUUCCUGGAAAAGUCAGAGCUUUAACCUGAUUGGCUGAUAUGGACAAUGGCUCCACUUUUUGUCCGUAGAUGUUUUUGUACAUGAGGCCUUGAGUUUCUAUUAUCUCAUUAACCCACACACCCCCAUCCCCCCUCCCGCCAUGCUGCUGGGUAUUUUAGGAGCACAUAUAGUGGACAUUGAAGGCUACUGGUGGCCUUGUGGUUGGGCCAGUAAUUAGGAAUUACCCCCCAUCUGAUAGAAACAAAGGGCAAUUAAGCCGCCGUCCCUGGCUCCUGGCUCUCACACCAUGGCGCCAAUAGGUUAUUGUUGUUGUUGUAACUUAUACUUGGAAUUGACUCAAUUUUAAUGCAAUCGGCCAGCGACUGUACGGGAUAUGUUUUAUUUGUUUGUUAUUUUUAUUAUUAAAGUGUGUGACUUCUCCCUCUCUGAGGGCGGAGCGUGGCAACAAAAAAGAAGCCUUCAAAAGCAUCAUCCUUUUUUUUUGAUACAGAAACUGAAUAGAUAUAUUUCUUACCUUUUUAUUCGUCACAAAUUGCAGAGCAUUGCUGUUUUAUUUUGUCUCUUUCACUUAUGCGCCAUUUUCUGCAGAAUCCUUGAAAGAGGAAGGUAUUUACUUUUAUAGCGAGAGCUUAUGGUAAACGUAAGCUGCUCUGGAAUAAGGGAGAGUGACAAUGUCGAGAGAGAAGGGGACAAGAGCUGAUAUAUAUGUAAUUAUUAUUGUUAUUAAUUUACACGUUUGCUGCCAAAGACAUUUGUAACAUAUUUAAACAUUCUGGCAUUGAAGGAGUUAAACAUAAAAAGCUGUGAGAUUUUAGGUAGAUUGAGGUCUCUCUCCCCUUUCUCUCAGGCUUAGCGCCUUCUCUUUGCCUCUCCUCGGUUACCAUUAUGCUGCAGAAUGAUCUUGACUUUCCUACCCCGCUGUGUCUGGUUGUGAGGGGUGUGUUUGAUGUGUGAAUGCCUUAGUUUACUGACCACCCCCUCAUCUUCCUCCUCUCAGUGUAUUCCCUCUCAUACCGCCUCCAAUGGAAAAGAAAAACAGAACACUUUUUUUGUAAAAAUAAUACUGAAAAAAGUUAUUAAAAGUAAUUUUGCUUAAAAUAAAGAAUAAAGAAAACUUU